AUGUUUGUGGAUGCCCAAGAAGUUUUCGAAGGCUUCACAAGAGCCAGCUUCCCAAGGAACAGGGCGGCACGUUCUAAAACUGCGCCGCUAGCGAGUCUGUCACCCCACAAUCGGGCGGACGCACGCAUGGAUGCAUCCACGGUAACCAAGGAGUUUGGGCCAAUCAGAGGCAGAGCGCACCUAAAGCCUCCUUUCAGUCUUCUGCAGUACUGCAAGCCUCCUCUCAGUCCCUGGGACUCAAAGUCUUCUUCCAGUCCUCUGCUGGACCUCAAACUUCAUUUCACUCAUCUGCAGUACUCCAAACCUCCCCUCAGUCUUCUGCAGUACUCCAAACCCCCCCUCAGUCUUCUGCCACAUUGA